AUGGCUAGCUCUGGUGGUUGUCUUCGAAAUGCCUUUGCGGCAGCUACUCCGGACGGAGCCUUGCCCAACGUCCCCGAGACAGCCGCUCCACGCAGCGCGCACUUUCGCUGCGGGCGAGGCGGCCUCGUCGUCUGCCUCGGCCGACUCACCGCGCUUCCCCCGCGCCGCCCUCGCGGCGCUGCAUUGGCACUCCGUCUCCCUCUCUCUUCGACGCCCGAGGCGCUGGCGGAGGAGCAGCAGCCCAGCUACCAGCACCUGGUGGACCCGCUGCAGUCGGAGGAGAGCAUGGCGGCGGCGGUGGGCGCGGGCCCGGACGGCCGGCGGCCGCCGCCAGGCGCCGCGCACCACCGCGCGCAGCAGGCCGCCGUCAACGCCAACUCCCUGUCGGAGGAGGAGGCGCAGGCGGAGGCAGAGGCGGAGGCGGAGGCGGGCGCCGAGAGCGAUGAGGCCGGCGACGAGGACGACGACGAGCCGCAGCCCGUGCGCAUCAAGCUGCCGCUCACCCUCGACUUCGACGACCUCGCCGGGGCGCUGGUGGAGCGCAACCAGCGUUCGCGCAUGAACUGCGUGGUGGAGAAGCGGCGCGCGGAGCAGGUGGUGGACCACCAGCCGCGCACACUGCGCCUGCCCUUCGGCGUCAACGUCACCACCGACCCGCGCUACGAGCACGUCUCCGGCGAGCGCAUGGCCAUCUUCUGCGAGAGCGGCAAGGAGCAGAGGCACAUGCCCAUGGACAUGGUAGCGGCGGCGACUCCCGUUGUGGUGCCCCUGCCCGGCCCCGUGCACCUGCCCAUCCAGUUCCACGGACACAUGCAAGCGCAAGCGGAAGCCCAGGCCCAGGCCCAGGCCCAGGCCCAGGCCCAGGCCCAAGCUCAGGCCCGCGCCCAGGCCCAGGCCAUGGCCAUUGAGCAGGCGCGCGCGCAAGCCCAGGCGGCGGCCAUGCAGCAGGCCCAGGCCCAGGCACGCGCCCGCUCCUUCCCGCAGCCCCAUCCCCACCAGGUAUGGAGUGGACACACUUGCCCCGGCAGCACGAGGACUCGCAUGUGCCAUGGCACCGAGCAGUGCUUUGACGAU